GAUAUAAAGAGAUGUUUACAGCUUGAUUUUGUGCAUUUUUGUUGUUGCUACUGCGUUGUGUUUUUACUCGUGUUUAUUUUUUUUCUUGUAUUUCUGAACAAAAUGUCGUUCGUAGAUAAAGCCGCGAAUCAACUCGUGGAUUACAAGAAUAGUUCAAAGAAUGAUUCCGCCGCGACGACAGCCCAUGGCACUCCAAUCGGCGAGAAAGACGCCACCCUCACCGUGGGCCCCCGCGGCCCCAUUCUCCUCCAAGACAACAACUUCAUCGAAGAGUUGGCCCAUUUCGACCGUGAACGUAUCCCCGAACGUGUAGUCCACGCCAAGGGAGCCGGCGCCUUCGGCUACUUUGAAGUCACCCACGACAUUACUAAAUACACCGCUGCCAAAGUCUUCUCCAACAUUGGCAAAAGAACCCCCAUUGCUAUUCGAUUCUCAACGGUGGCCGGGGAGUCCGGCUCGGCCGACACCGUUCGCGACCCCCGCGGCUUUGCCAUGAAGUUCUACACUGAGGACGGGAUCUGGGAUCUCGUCGGGAAUAAUACUCCCAUUUUCUUCAUUCGGGACCCAAUUUUGUUCCCCCAUUUCAUUCACAGCCAGAAACGCAAUCCCCAGACGCACUUGAAGGAUGCUAACAUGUUCUGGGAUUUUAUUACCUUGAGACCGGAAACGACCCAUCAGACCAUGUUCGUAUUCUCGGACCGGGGAAUCCCAGAUGGGUUUAGACACAUGAACGGGUAUGGGUCUCAUACCUUCAAGUUGGUGAAUGCUGAGGGUAAAUCCGUGUAUUGCAAAUUCCACCACAAGACUGACCAAGGGAUUAGGAAUCUCGAUGUCGAAAAAGCCGCACAGUUGGCUUCGACUGACCCAGAUUAUGGGUUAAGAGACCUUUAUAAUGCCAUAGCAAAUGGUAAUCACCCAUCAUGGACCACCUACAUCCAAGUCAUGACCAUGGAACAAGCCGCUGCUUGCAAAUUUAACCCAUUUGACUUGACCAAAGUGUGGCCCCAUUCCGACUACCCCUUGAUCCCAGUGGGCAAAUUCACACUCAACCGCAACCCGGAGAACUACUUCGCCGAAGUGGAACAAAUCGCUUUCAGUCCGGCCCAUAUGAUUCCUGGUAUUGAACCAUCACCCGAUAAAAUGCUUCUAGGGAGACUUUUCUCCUAUGGAGACACCCAUCGUCAUCGUUUGGGGCCCAAUUAUCUCCAACUCCCGGUCAAUUGUCCCUUCAAAGUGCGUAAUUAUCAACGCGAUGGUCCCCAGGCGAUUAAUAAUCAAGGAGGGGCCCCCAACUACCACCCCAAUAGUUUCAACGGGCCUGAUAGCGACUCGAGGGCGAAGGCUUUGAAUCCGCCAUUUGCUGUCUCGGGAGAGGCCAAUCGGUAUGAUUCCGGGGAUGAAGACAAUUACAGCCAGUCGAGGGUUUUUUACCAGAAGACUUUGGAUCAAGGAGCGAAAGACAGAUUGAUUGCCAAUAUCGUAGGGAAUUUGAAAGACGCGGCUGAUUUUAUUCAAGAAAGGGCUAUCAAAAAUUUCACUCAAGUUGAUGCAGGACUAGGGCAGAAGAUCGCCGAAGGAUUGAAGAAGCAAAAACGGGCUAAUUUGUAAAUUUGUUGUUUAUUUUAUGACGUUACAUAAUCAUAAUAUGUAGACUAUUUUUGUGCUUGUCAUGGGUUAUCUCAAGUAUUUUAUUUUGUCACUGGUGAGUGUUUUGUCGAUACGCUGAUGGUUAAAUUUUUAUAAACCAAUAUUAAAGACUA